AUGGUCAGAGCCCUCAAGCAUCACGAACAGAAGCUCCUUAAGAAGGUCGACUUCCUUGAUUGGAAGCAGGACCAGGGGCACAGGGACACCCAGGUCAUGAGAACCUACCACAUCCAAAACAGAGAGGAUUAUCAUAAAUAUAACAAGAUCUGUGGUGAAAUCAGAAAAUUAGCACACAAGCUUUCAAUGUUGCAAGCGACAGACCCUUACAGAAUAAAGCAUGAACAACUUCUCCUUGAGAAGCUCUACAGCAUGGGCAUUUUGGCUACCAAGUCCAAAAUUUCUGAUUUGGAAAACAAGGUGACAGUGAGUGCCUUUUGCCGUAGAAGAAUCGGGACAGUGAUGUGUCGUCUAAAGAUGGCUGAAACCAUAGCCAAUGCAGUUACAUUCAUAGAACAGGGCCACGUCAGAGUGGGGCCAAAUGUCAUCACCGAUCCUGCUUACUUGGUCACCAGAAACAUGGAAGAUUACUUGACAUGGGUUGACACCUCCAAGAUCAAGAGAAACGUUCUCAAGUAUAAAAAUAAGAUUGAUGACUACGAAUUGUCAUGA